CUCUCGCUCGAGUCCGGGGACGCUGUCGCAGGCAUCCGUAAACCAGUGACUGGCGCCACAGGCUGCCGGGGUCAUCCGAGUCAAGAAGACCGCCUCGUCUGCUGGCAAGAUGCAACAGUUGUCGCACCCUUACCCUACCCAGGGCUGCCUGAGAGCCCGCCGCCGUGCUAGUAGUGCGAUCUGUCGUCUGCAGAUGCCAGAGACACCUCGCCUAGCAAGGAUGUUGCCGAAUUCUUUUGUCUCUCUCUUUCCCAGGCGGUGGACGCUGCCGGUUCCGCGAGCAGCACCUGGUAUGCGGCAUCCAUUUUGGCGAAGCGGCGAAGAAAAAAAAAAAAAAAGCUUUUUCCCGCGCAGCCUGUCAGGCACCACCGUCCUGGUUUCUGGCGGUGUCGGUCCCCCCCCUCCCCCUCCCCCUCCCCGGCUGUCAUUUGAGCGCAGCAUGUGCCGAUAUCUCAGAGCUUCAGAGCGACGAACAGUCGGUGGCCGUGCAGACGGCGGAUGAGGAUCUGUGGAGAAAAUCUCGACCAUGGAGCGGCUUUGCUGCCAACUCAAGUUUGCGGAGGCGGGUAGUGACGCCCAACGGCACUCCUCUGCUGUGCUCUGGGCGACAAGGCGGCGAGCUGACGACGGUUACCUGGAGCAGCUUCAGACGGGUCGAGGGCGGGUGGAGAGAAGAGUCGGUGCUAGGCCAGGCUGG